AGUAAAGAUCAUCACUUACAUUUGUUUUAUUCUCCACGGAGUCAGUGAAAUAACACCACAACAACAACAAAACGAUGAAGUUUCUACUGCUUGUGGCCAGUGUAUUAUGCCUCGUGCUAAUCGUAUCCGCCCGUCCGGCUGACGACACUUCCGAUCAAGAAUCAUCUACUGAACUAAGCGAAGACGCUGGGGCAGAGGAGGGUGCAGAGGAUGCUGGUUCGGAUGCGGAAGCCGAUGCCGGUGCAGCUGACGGUGAAGAAGGAGCAACGGACACAGAUUCGGGUGCUGAGGGUGAUGAUAGUGAAAUGGACUCUGCUAUGAAAGAAGGCGAAGAAGGUGAAGGUAGCGAUGAUGCAGUGAGUGGAGCCGACGAUGAAACCGAAGAGUCAAAGGAUGACGCAGAAGAGGGCAGCGAAGAGGGUGGCGAUGGCGAGAGUGGCGGUGAAGGAGGUGAAAAAGAGUCCCCCCGUAACACGUACCGUCAGGUGCACAAGCUGCUGAAGAAGAUCAUGAAGGUUGACACCAAGGACAAGUACCUGAAGUCGUUCGUUGUGGGCCGUCUGCAGGAACGUUUGAUGAACCCUACCAUCGAUCUGGUCAGCACUAUCGAAAAGUAUUCCAAGAUUAAGGAGUGCUUCAGCUCACUGGACAAGGACGUAUCAGCCAUGGUAAAGGAGUCCGAAAAGUCGUACGAAGAGUGUAGCAAGGAUAAGACCAACACUAGCUGCGGUACGGAAGGCACCCGGGAGCUGGACGAUGGACUCAUCGAGCGGGAACAGGAACUGUCCGACUGUAUCGUUGACAAGCGCGAUGCAGAAUAGGAAACACACCGUUAACGACACACACACGCGCGGCGUUGCCCCUGGAAUCUUGCCAUAAAUAAAUGCAUCAUAUAAAAUGAAA